ACACCCGAAACACAACGGCUCUUUUAAGAGCCACCCACAAUCUCCCUGAAAAAGCUAUACGAUUGCUCCACUUCUAAAGUUAUGACUUUUACUGUGAAGAAUUUUGAAUUAUCUAAUUGUUAUUUUCUUUUUGUUUCAAUCACAGAUUCUCGGUAAUGUAGAUUUAACCCUCGUUCAAUUAUUGAGUUUCGUUAAUAAUGCCUCUUAAAGUAAUGACUUGCCGAUUACCCUCGGCGCUUUGUUUUAAGACGCGUUAAUAUUCGACUCCUUUCCCUGGUUUUGGAGAGAGAGAAUAGAACGCAAAUGUGUCAGUUUCCAGUUCUGGUCAAGUUUGGUCUCAAUAAUCGAUCAGUUCAUUUCCUAUCAGCCCCGGUUGUGCAGCAACCUUCAGUCUCAACGCUGGCAAAAAUGUUCACUUUUGUCUGUUAUAAAUAUCUACAAUAUACCGUCCGUUUGCAGAACGAUGUAAAUGGGACUUUCUGCGGCUGCUAACAGGGUUUCAUAAAGGAUCGAGAUUGACCCCCGGAUCACGGAUUCUAAAAGCGAUUUGGAACAUGGGAUAAAAUGUGAAAUAGUCCCAUCAGGGACGCGUAUUCUUAAAACUUCGUCGUCAUUUCCAAUUCGUGCUAUGUUCUGUCCGUUAUUUUUCAUUUCUUUUUACAAAUUUGGCGGGCUUUUAAAAUUUGAAAAAAGAUCGGUUGAAAUAUCAAAAUUUGGCGCCGUUAUUUUCCGCCCUCACUCCGUGGAGUCUCCGGAUUGGUGAGUUCAGUAGAUAUCUGAUUGGUGAUAUGAACAACAUUAUGAGACGCAGCACAAAGUGACCAAUCAGCAAUGCCCGCAGCACCAUUCAUCCCGAAGCUAUAAGAGAAGCGAGUGUGAGAGGAUUUCCUCAUUCUCUGUGAAAGUGUUUGUGAGAUUGUGGAAAUGUCUGGAAGAGGAAAGACCGGUGGUAAAUCUCGAUCCAAGCCCAAGUCUCGCUCCUCCCGGGCUGGACUGCAGUUCCCGGUGGGCCGUGUUCACAGGCACCUGAGAAAGGGCAACUAUGCUGAGCGUGUGGGUGCCGGAGCCCCGGUCUAUCUGGCUGCUGUGCUGGAGUAUCUGACGGCUGAAAUCCUCGAGCUGGCCGGUAACGCGGCCCGGGACAACAAGAAGACCCGCAUCAUCCCCAGACACCUGCAGCUGGCCGUCCGCAACGACGAGGAGCUCAACAAGCUGCUGGGAGGGGUGACCAUCGCUCAGGGCGGGGUGCUGCCUAAUAUCCAGGCCGUGCUGCUGCCCAAGAAAACCAGCGCCGCUGCGGGCUCGAAGACCAAGUGAAGCGGCCAUUCUUUAAUCUAAUAACCCAAAGGCUCUUUUCAGAGCCACCCACAGAGUCUGUGAAAGGGCUGCUCAC